ACACAGAAAACAAGAAACUGGCCAUAUAGGGGAAGUGGAGAUGCUAAAUACACACAUUGCAGUCAAAUGCUCAAGAAAACUGAAAAGAUAAAUAUUUUUCUCUAAUUUCUUAGAGUUGUGGUGAUCUUGACUGUUACUUUUUAAUAAGUAUUGAAAAAACCCUUCAGACAUAAGUGGUUUUGUAAUUGAUGUCACCUAAAAUGACUAACCAUGAGUAGAAAGCAGUAUAAUGUGUAUUAAAAUUUAUCCAUAAAAUGUAAACCAAUCGAGAUAACUUGUGAUCUCUGAAAUAUUAGAAGAAUAACUUUAGGGGGAAAUCUUUCCCUCCACUAUUCUCUCCAGCAGAUUUCAGAUGCAGAAGUGGGUUAAGUCUGAUAUGGAAGAGUAGGGCAAGAGGUCAAGAGACUACUGGAUGAUCUGUACCAGCUGUGUGCUUUGGAGCUGUAGGGGGAUCUGGGAUGUGACUAGGCAGUGCGAUCGCUGAGGGUCAGUGGCUCCACCAUUUAGUGGAUUACUGGUUGUUCCUAACCUCAGCAAAGCAGGCAUGCAUGAGCCUUAGGCUACAGUAGCCUUCAGACUGCAAUAGAAGCUGGAGAGCCACUCUUUCUUUCACUAGUCUUUCUUUUACCCUGCUUCAUUCUCAGCUAGCCCUCACCUGGAGACAUCAACAAGGUCACAACUCCAUCACUCCCCAGUCUUCAGAUCUCUUUGGCUCAGAGAGCAGGAGACAUCUCCCUUGGCUAGUGUCAACCUUCAGCCCUCUCUGGUCAUGGCUCUCUGGCCUGCGCUAGUUUUGUAGGUGACCACCCAACUGCCUUCCUGCUAUCAACAGCCUUAUCUGGGUCCACUGCGUAGCUUGGGAACUGUCUCUUAUCCCUCUUUCUGGGAUAUUGCCUCCCUCAUUCAGCUUAUCUUUGCUCUUCUCCAGAGUACUCUCUCUAGAAUUUGGAUUCUAAACUCCUCUUCCCUUUCGCAGUCACUUUUUUAAAACUUUCAGGGCAACCCUGCCCUCCACAUCACACCAAAUUAGGGCACACAACUGGACUUAAACUGGAGACGGGCCAGCUACCUUGUUACACUAUUUCUUUCAGCAAAGAAAGUUUAUUCCAGAGUCAGGAUUUGCUACAUAAAAGUAAAUGAGCUAGUAGUUCAGUUCAUUAAGGAAUCCUUACUAGUAUAGCUUUUUAUUUUAAUAAAUAGAAAGGAAUUUUAAGUAGUCCAUGAUUAAAUCUCUUAAAUAAAUUUAUUCUAAGAAUGUGUGUAUGUAGAAGUGCAGUUAAAAGCAUAAAGCUUGCUAAAUCAAUAUCUCUUGCCAAAGUCCACUGGCGAGUACACUUACCUGACACUAUUAUUGCCAGAAAGAAGUUAUGAGACUUCUAACUUCCUGUUCAGAGUCUAAAGAAAACAUUUUGUCACCCUAAACUGAUACUUUUUUUUAAAUCAUAAAACUUAAGGUCUUGCUGAAUUUCAGGUCUUCUGAUGGGUAGUCUUAGUGCCACAUAAAAAUUUAAAUUUAGUUGUAUAAUAAACUUGAGUACCCUUCUGUCACCUUGGUGAAUGUACAAGUGUGUGUGUAUUGCUGGCAUGGUCAAGAUAAGUAUUUGUUUGCAGUAAGACUAAUGCAGCUUGUGAUUUCAAAGGCAUCUGUAGUAAGAUAUAGAAAAGGUUACAAAUGGUUUGGGUUUUUAUCAUGAACCGAAUGAGCUCCCAGUGCAGUUCCUCCACUCAGCGUAAGCGAAUGGCUCUUGGAAUUGUCAUUCUUCUACUUGUUGAUGUGAUAUGGGUUGCCUCCUCAGAACUCACUUCAUAUGUUUUUUCGAAGUACGAGAAGCCUUUUUUCAGUACCUUUGCAAAAACGUCCAUGUUUGUUCUAUACCUCUUGGGAUUUAUUGUUUGGAAACCAUGGAGGCAACAGUGUACACGUGGGUUUCGUGGAAGGCAUGCAGCUUUUUUUGCAGAUGCUGAAGGUUAUUUUGCUGCUUGUACAACAGAUAACACUGUAAACAGUUCUUUGAGUGAACCUUUGUAUGUUCCUGUAAAGUUUCAUGACUUAGCAAGUGAAAAGAGUGGCAGUGCUAAUAGUGAUACUGAAAAAACUCCCAAAAAGCCUCGUGUAAGGUUCAGUAAUGUUAUGGAGAUUCGACAACUUCCAUCAAGCCAUGCAUUGGAAGCAAAGUUGUCUCGCAUGUCAUAUCCAACUGUUAAGGAGCAGGAAUCAAUAUUAAAAACUGUAGGGAAACUCACUGCAACUCAAGUAGCAAAAAUCAGCUUUUUCUUUUGCUUUGUGUGGUUUUUGGCAAACUUCUCUUAUCAAGAAGCACUCUUACAUGCACAAGUUGCCAUAGUUAAUAUCCUAUCUUCAACCUCUGGACUUUUUACCUUAAUCUUAGCUGCAGUGUUUCCAAGUAACAGUGGAGACCGGUUUACUCUUUCCAAAUUGUUAGCUGUCGUUUUAAGCAUUGGCGGUGUGGUACUUGUUAAUCUAUCUGGGUCUGAGAAAUCUCCAGGAAGAAGUACAAUAGGUUCCCUGUGGUCUCUUGUAGGAGCAAUGCUGUAUGCUGUCUAUAUAGUUAUGAUAAAAAGAAAAGUAGACAGAGAAGAUAAGCUUGAUAUACCAAUGUUCUUUGGUUUUGUAGGCCUCUUUAAUCUGCUGCUGUUAUGGCCAGGUUUCUUCCUACUUCAUUAUACUGGAUUUGAGGCCUUUGAGUUUCCCAAUAAAUUGGUAUUGAUGUGCAUUGUCAUUAAUGGCCUUAUUGGAACAGUUCUGUCAGAAUUCCUCUGGCUGUGGGGCUGCUUUCUUACCUCAUCACUGAUAGGCACACUUGCGCUAAGCCUUACAAUACCUCUGUCCAUAAUAGCUGACAUGUGCAUGCAGAAGGCGCAGUUUUCCUGGUUAUUUUUUGCAGGGGCAAUCCCUGUAUUUUUCUCAUUUUUCAUUGCAACUUUCUUAUGCCAUUAUAACAACUGGGAUCCAGUGAUGGUAGGAAUCAGAAGAAUUUUUGCCUUUAUCUGCAGAAAGCAUCGAAUUCAGAGAAUGCCAGAGGAAAGUGAGCAGUGUGAAAGCCUCAUCCAUAUGCAUAGUGUUUCUCAAGAAGGAGAAGACUGCUGUUCAUAGGCAAUAGUUUCGAGAUGGUUUCAUACUCAGCGAAGAGACAAUCUCCUGGGAAGUCCAUAAGGAAGCAUAUUUCAGUGCCUAUUCUACAUUUGGGAAAAAAAGUUUCAGUUCUUUUGAAACUAAACUUUUAUUUUCCCAUAUUUGCCUGUCUUCAUCUAGUUCAAUCAACGAACAACUUCACUAUGUGCAUAUCACUGCAACUAUAGGAAACCCCAGUCCAUAUAAACAACCAACCUGCCUUAUAGAACUCAACUUGAAAUUACUUGAUAUAAUCAAGAAAGCAAAUGCUGGUCUGGUGAUUUAUUUUUUGUUUUCACAUUUUUGUUAAAUGCUGGACAACAAGUUGUUCAAAUAUUACUUUAAAAAUGAAUACGUUAAUUCUGCAGGUCAUCAUUUCUUAACAGGCUUUCAGAUGAAAAAAGCUAAAUAUGUAGGUUACUUGUAAUAGGUACGGAUUAACAUUUUUAUAUAAAGUCUAUUUGAAUAUUAACACAUGAAAUUAGAAAAAAUAUCUUAAUUUAUUAAAUAAGUACAUUUUUGCAACUGUUGGAGGAGGAUGUAUGCAAGUUUCUAGAACACUACAUAUAUUGCUUUAUCCCAUUUAAAAAAACCUUGUAAUAGGAAAGGGUGCUUUGUGUUUAAAAAUCUCAAACUUUUAAAGAAGUGUUAGUAUAAAAAGGUUAUGUAUUUUUAAAGGUGGUAAUUAUCAUAAAUUUGGCUGGACAACCACUUGAUGUAGAAGUUCAUAAUUCAGAAUCAGUCUCUUUUUGAAAACUUAAUAGUCAAAGUUAUUUAAUAUGUAAAAUUGUAAAUAAUUCCAAGAUGCCAUGUGGACAGCUGCUUAUUUGAGGAAAAACCAUCAAGUAGACUUCUAAAUUUUGUAGUUACUAUCUUAUCUCAACUCAAAUCUUCCAAGCAAUUUUAAAGCUAGAGAUAAUCAUGUUGGCUUCGUUUUCCUAAGGAAAUUAUUGUGUAAUGGUUAACUUUUUCACUGUGACCUGAGUAUUCUUCCCUACUGCAAUGCUGCUGUUCUGUUUGGUGCUGAAAGGUAACAAAUUAAUAAAUAUAUUCACAAGAAUCCUGCAGACAGUUAUUGCCCUCUUCAAAAAGGUAAAAUUUGGUAACUUUGGCCAAGGGUUAUUUACUAAUUUAUUUUGUCUUUUUAGUGAAUUGUAAUGCUUAUAAAGAGUACAGAUGGACUUUCAGUCAAGGUGACUAAAUCCUCCAAAUAACAACAGAACCUACGCUGACAGUGCAAGCUUUCUCAUGCUGCUCUGCCAUUUUGUCUCAAUCCUGUUCUGGAGGAGCUGAUGUUUUUCUAGGGAUAAAUGUCCAUUCAGUCUUUGAGCUCUAUAUUACUCCCACUAAUAAGGAUACUAAUUGUGGAAAUGGUGGUGGUGAUUUGGCAAUGUAAAGAGAAAAAAAAAAAAGUCUGACUGGACUGUAUUAAGAUCACAGACUUGGAUAAAUGUUUAGAAGGAUUAAAAUUUAAUCUAUUCAACCCCAAAAUCAAUAGCUGUAGGGAGAAGACCAUUGUUAAUUGAAAUGUAUAGGGUAAGUUAAAACAUAGGCUAUUGCACUUGCAGGCAGAUAUUUAUUUCUUUGUUCAUUUUUAUCAAAUACAAAUAUUUUUCUGAAUUUUAUAUCAACGGUUGGUCACUAAACUAUGAACAAAAUGUAUUUGAAGCCAACCUUUUUCAAAGUAGGAACAUGAAGAUAAGACCUGAGGUUGGGAUUUUCAAAAGAUUUACCAGCACAGUCCCAUUUGAAGUCACUUAGAUACUUUCAAAAAUUCCAUUUUUUAGUCCCAAGUCCAUAUUUUGUCACCUGUCCUUUAUACUUCUACUUUUGAACACUUAAGCCAGAGUUCCUGAUCUCUUGCAGAAAUGGAGAUCAAUAAAAAUUGGAAAGAAAUACUGAUGUACAUCAAACUGAAUAAAAAAUAACCUUCAGUUCUACUGAACUGCAUUAGUUUUAAACAGUGUAACUAAAAGUGAAUGUCUCUGUCUGUCAAUUACUCAAGUACCCAUGAGAAGACAGGAACUUUAAAUGCCGCAGUUGAACUAUUUUUAUAUUUGAUCUUGGGUAGAAUAUUGGCUGUUUGGCAAGAGGAGAAGUCUCCUGAUAAAGUUAAAAAUGGUUUUUAGGAAGCAAGAUAACUCCAGAGAAUUUAAGUGGAAUCCUUACUAAGAAAAGCCAUUAAUUAAGGCAUAGCGGCAAUAGAAUGCAAAUAGUUGUUCCCUUAAAGAAUGAUUACAUCUUCAGUUAAUAUUUGGUUUCUGUCAAGUUUGCCUAGUUAAUGCUUAACACUAAAUCAUGUCCUCUAUAGCAGCAAGAAGGAUAGGGAUUGUGGCAUCUGUAGAGAGAAGCCUAGCAAGGCUAAUUUUUGCUUUUCAACAGAUGUGUUGCUCUGUUUUCAGAAGAAGACUAAGGUUCACUUUGAAAUCGAUUGCCCAUGACCCAUAGUUGUACUGGGCUGUGAUGUAUAACUGUGAACCAGAAUCCUUAUUUAACAUAACAAAACAUGACACAGAUGUGGAAUCUAUCAUCAAAUCCUUGGUUAGUUUAUAGAGUUUUACACAGCAGAGAUUGUGUAGAGAAAUACACUGUGCUGGAAAAAAUGAACAUUAAUACAUAAGAGAAAAUCUUCUCGUUCUGCCUCCUAAGGACUUCAAAUAACAUAUGUUUAAAAAAUUCAGAUGCUGGGACCGCCUCCCUAAUUUUUCCAAGAAAAGGGAAAAAAAAAUAUUUUGAGAAAUCAGAUUGUCAUGAUAUAAAGUGUUAGGUACCAUAAAUGACUUCAGCAGUCUUUUUAUUAAAAUGUAGCAUUCUGGGGAGUGGAAUGUAAAGUCCAUACAAAUUAUCUCCCUGAAAGGCCGUAGAUUUUUAAACAAUUGUGCCCCAGUAUUACAAGAGAGAUAUAUUUUACAGUAUUGCUAAAGUUAUAUAUUGUUACAUUGUGCCUGCAUUUAAUAAGAGAUAAUGAGAUUUUCGAUACUGACUUGUGAUUUUUAGUAGAAGAACAUCUUUUAUAAGUAACUGUCUUUUUUGUUAGAAAAGUGAUUCAUGCAGCUUUCUAUAAUGGUUGCUUGGUAAAGGCACAAGAGAUUUAGCUUUUGAAUCUCAGGUACUUGUGCAAUAGUGGCAACAUGUUGAGUAUAAUACUCUUCUUGCGGGUUUUUUUUGCGGGGGGUAGGAGGGCAUUUACAUGACAUGGCAUGCAACUGGAAUCAGUUUCUUGUUACAGUAAUGUGAAGAAGCUGUCUCUCCUGGUAGAAUUCUCUUUACCAACAUAGACUACCAUAACUUGUUUUCUUUACUGUUUAAUUGAAAUGUCUUGAUUUUAAUUUAUUUCCUGCAGGAAGUGUAUACACUUGAAAAAAAAAAUCUUCUCAUAUUUUAAAUUAAUCAUACUUUGAAUGUUGUUGCAUAUUUAAAGAGCAGUGAUUUCCCACAUAUGCCUACAUUAUUGAAAAACAAUGCCAUAUAUAGCGCUGUCCAAAAAUUAACUCAUUUAUCGCAGCAUCCUUAUGAGGCAGCCAAAUAAUUAUCCUCAUUUUUACAUAUGGAGAAACUGAUACAGAGCAAAGUUAAGUGAUUUUCCGACUGCCCCGAAGUAAGUCUUGGAACUCAAGAGUUGAAUGGGAGUAACAAUUAGUCUGCUACCGUAUACUGUGCAGUCCAGUAGAGAGUAAAUAAGGGUUCAGUUCUCCUGGCUAUAUUCAGAUGGAUUUGUUAAAUACACAAAAUUGCAUUAACCUUUUUACUGCUAGUGGCUGCUGCAAACUUUAGCCUAACUCCAGAAAAGCACUUAAGCACUUACGUAACCUCUAGCACUUGCAUAAUCCCAUGAUAGUUACACACAGAUUUAGGUGCUUUCCUGAAGUGGGGCCUUCAGCAGUAUUUUCCUUUGAAAUACUAAAUGCCCUUCAAAGGACAAUUAAAACCAGGGUAUUGCAUGUGGUACAUGACAUACUGUGUGUGCUGUUAUGUGCAUCACAUACCUAUUACACAGCAGAUGAGAAGUUAAAAAUAUUAAGAGCCUGAAAACUGAGUUUCCUUGCCUUAUGCAAUUGCUAUUCUUCCUGUGUAAUUAUCCCCACUGUGUCUAGGUACUGCUGUUUACUGUUGUGAUUGGUUUCAUUAAGCUUGCAAAAUUACUUCUUUAUAACACUGUUUCCAUUGUUUAUAAUAACUUUUGAAGAAUUUUUCUUUCAUAUUGAGUUUUGCCAUUCUUGGUCUCUACAUAGUCUUUUGGCUUGGGAAACUUAAUUGAAUGAAGUGUUGAACCUAUUUUAAGUUAUGGAACAAGGAGAAAUUUCUUAAUUCCAAGGUGAGUUUAUGCAGACAAAUGGCCUCUGUGAAUAAUUAUUUUUGCUAGGCACUUAAAGUUUCAUUUAGAUGUAAUGAAGUAGUGGCUAUUUGAAAAUGCCCUUCAAAAAAUGUACAGUAGGGGAAAAAAAACCUCCUGGAUCUUAUGUAGCUACAUACCUGAGCAGGCUGUAAGCAUAGGUGGCAAGUUUAUAUGUUGCCUGUGCUCCACCAAUAUUCAGGAACAUGGGCCAAGCUCCACCAGUGUUUGGGCUUAUAUUUUCAGAACUGUCCCGUACAUAGGACGGACCGGGGCCCCGUUCUUCAGAUGGACGUGGAGUCCAGGGCAGCCUGGGAGAUUAGCAGGGAGCUUGAAGCUGGCAGCAGCGAGUGACCAGGCCCCAGCCUGUCCUGCUCCGCUUUGUCCCGCCCCUUUUCAGCCCUGGUCUGCCCGACUCCCACUCCACCCCUUUCCCCAAGUUCCUACCCUGCCUCUUCUCAUCCCCGCCCCUGCUGUGCCCUCUGCUUGGACCCGUUCUGGGCACUACCAAAAAUUAUACAAACCUGGUACUCAUGGCCGUAAGUGCAUGGCAUGCAUCUGUGCACAUCUGAUAAGUGUACAGUUUUCAUUAACAAGCACUGCUGGUCGCAGACCGACUAGUGUCUCUUAACUAGUGAUCUGGAAACUUUUUUUCUGUUUUCUGAAUUUAACACAAAGAAGACAGGCAAAUGCAGUGGAAUUCCACCCCCCAUCAUUAAAGCAGUGCCAGUACUGAGAAAUAAGAUACACAAAAAUCAGAAAGGAGCAGAAAUUAAGGUUUCUUUUGCACAACUGAGUUAUAUGACCAUAUCGUGGUCCUUUUCAUCUCAUUUCCAGUGUAAAUCCUUACUAUAUUACCAGUUCUGUUAAGUACUGCAUAACUGAAUAUAUAGUCUGUGCAGCUUGAUAAAAGUUAUUGAUGCAGUGAAAACCUUACCUUUUGAUAUUUCUUUGGGAGAGUUUUUGCCUGUUGUAUUUUGGGUUUUUUUGGUUUUGUUUUUUCCGACAUUGUGUUGCGAUAACACUAGUUCUUUGCACUUUAUAUAAUAUCAUAGCACGAUUUCUCAGGGAAAUGUGGAUGAUCUUAAACUGCUUGUAUCCAAGGAGGUGAUUUGAAAAUGAAGCAGCAGCCCUUUGUAGGGUUUAUUUGAACAUUGAAUAUAGUUUUAAUAUUUGUUUCCUUUGACUUAGCUCCCUCAUCCUGGUUCUUUGGAUAAGGAUGAUAUUACAAGUAUACUUUCCCAUUGCUCUGAUUUUUCAGAAAUAUAAUUGCUCUGUUAUACUUACCCAGUUUUUCCUACAUAGUUGUACUGUGCAUCAUCUUUACUGUAUGAAAUUGCAUUGAAAUUAAUAGGACUCUUGCUCUGUUGAUUUCAAAGCUGCUCCUCUAUCCAUGGUAAUACGGUGGUGACGCCUAUGCUAGGCAUUCAGGGUUAAACAGCUGCUCUAUCACAUACCUAGUUGAGGUUUGUACUCUGAUUUCAGCACACAGUGCUAGUAUAACAGUGUUACCAUGAAUAUGUUCCCUACAGUCAAUGGGGUUUUGGGGCUAGAUGGCCUCCUGCGAUCCCUUCCAACCUUGAUAUUCUAUGAAAGUAAAGUACAGUCAGGUUGUCCUUCAAAUUUUUUCUUCAGCGAAGUUGCUUCCCUGACUAAUUUAAGCCCUCUGCGGUAAAUGGCAGGGUUUCCAUUGUUUUCCAGUGGGUUUUGAGUUAGAAUUUUAUUGAAAUGAGUCUCUCACAAGCAGCUUGAUCUUUCUUACACAGUAUUUCCAUGUGUAAUAUAUCUCUGUAAUAGUCUUACUUUAAUAGGAUUUUGCAUAGUAUCAGCCAUGAUCCUAGCAUUCUAACUGUUCACUCAAGCCAUUAUUCUCCUAUACCCAAGACAAUAGCAACUUUAUUAUUUAGAGUCUUAGGUGUCUUUGGCUCCAGUUGUUAUAAUGUUGGGCUCUAAAUCGAUGGUGUAAAGGAUCCUAUCCUUUUCAGUAGAAUUUAUCAUCAAUAUCAACAUCAAUAUGCGUGCGUUCAUGGACUUGAGCCUCAAGUCGCUCUUCACAGAUUUCUCAGUAUGGCUGCUCUGUUUGUACUUGGUUCAGUAUGCAGCAGGAAGUUUGCUCAUUGGUUUAUGCUACUGAGAUUGUAUUGCGCCUGCAACUGUUUUCUUUACAUUGGCUGCCUGUAGCCAUGUGACUGACACUACAAGGGUUUUUAGAUUUUAAUAGUGUGACCCUGGUUACAUUCAGCCUUGGCCAGAUGAACAGCUGCACUUGCAAUACCUGCAGUUUAAGGAUCCCACCUUUGCAUCUGAUGUUGGUCUGUCGUCAUGUUUUCUUACGGAAUGGCAAAUUUUAGUCCUACAUUUGUUACUUUCCUUACCAAUCCCUUUAUUGCCCUUUUUAAAAUUACUCUGUGUAUUCUUUUAGUGCCUUGAGCAUAUUGGCAAGGAGUGUGGUAUGAAGUCAUUGCUGAAUAGUCUAUAGAGUAAAUAUGGUUGUCCAUUAUAAGAGAAUGGUCUCUGAUAUUAGAAUGCAGGGAUGUUUGUACAGUUACUGAUCCACAAUCCUACAGUUAUUUCUCAAUUAUACAAAUGCGUAUUCUCAGUCUGAGGGGAAUUAGCCAGUCACCAUAGUGUUACAUGUACAAUAUGCAAUCCUUGUGUUCUCAUUGACAUAGGUCUCAACAUUUUACAGCUUUAGCCAACCACCACGGCCACUUCCUUUUCCGAUCACCUCCAUUCUUUUAUCCUACCUACUGCUACUGUAUUCAUAUAACCCUGAUCCGCUGCGUGUUGCUUUGGAGAAAGGCUUUACACCCUUGCACAAUGAGUAAUUGAAUAAAAAUAUUAAAUGAGGUUUAAAAGCUUCCUUUCCUUCAGCUUGAGAAACAGCUGCGCUAGUGGAAAGUAUCCUCCAGGAAGUUCCAAAAUGGGAGAGGAGGAAGGAAGAUCAUUUAAAAUGUAAAAACAGCAGAUUCAUUGGAAGGAGCAAAAAACCUUGUUGAGCAGCUGAAGAGUUAGGGCUGGAAAUUUCAUUUAACUACAAAAUGUACAUGGGAAGUUUUUUGUUUUUAUCUGAAUAUGAAAUGACUAGGAUAUAAAACGGUGAUCUAGUUGCUAGUAAAUUCCAUGCAUAUUAAGUUUAGAAGUUAAUUGCUAGUUGUGAUGCAAUCUAGACAAAGCUAUAUUAAAAGUAGCCGUUUUUUGGUCACAGCGUUUCAUUGACUUCAAAGUAGCACACACUGAGUUCAGUGGAGAGUUGUGCUAUAAUGUGUGAAUUUUAAAAUCACAAUGAGUCUUGGAAGAGAUCCUUUGAUACCUGAGGUUUUGGGGCUGAAGGUUUAAAAGGUGGUCUUUAAACAAAAAUAUAUUUUGGAAAUCAUUAUUUUGUUUAGAGGUUGGUAGGUUUUAGAAGUUUAGCCAUUUAGUAUUUAAAGAUGAGGAAACCUGUGAAAUUAUUAACUGUAACAUAUAAUGUUAAUGCUCAUUAAAGCAUUAACAUUUUGUACUAAAUUUCUGCGGUCUUCCUCAUGAAAUGAAUUCAGAAACCAGGGUUCUAAGGGAGACAGCCCUGCAAAACUUUAAUGAAACCACUAGGUGUAACUGAUGAAAAUAGUGUUUGCUUGUACAAAAGUGCUUAAAGCUUUCCAGACUCUUUCUACUAAUGCAAAGCACAGCAAGUUCCAGGUAUACAUCUUGUAUGAAAUAUGUAUGUGCUGCAAAUUUUUUUAACCCAUUUUCCUCUGAGACCAGAGCUUCAAUUGCUCAUCACUGAUGCAUAUUGCAUUUGCACCUAAAUAAAUUCUGGUUUCAAAGGGUUUUAAAUCUUGAUCUGUUUUUGAUAAAUAGAAGUGUAGCAUUUUAUCUGAUUUCCAUUUAAUAACAAAAAUAUGCAUGCAAACAAGAACAUGUAAUCAUGGUUUCCUGAAUGAUU